AUGGAUUCAAAAUCUGGCAACUCAUAUCCCAGCUGUCAUGCAUGCUGUGUGUCAUUGAAUAGAACUUCUCUUUAACACAGUUGUGCUAUUACAUAAUUCACCACUAAACACCAAUAAAAACAAAGCAUGGGCUCAGGCGAGAGUACGACGAGAAAAGUAUCUUUUGGUGUUGACGAUGAGGACAGAGUCAGGAUCCUUCGUGGAGUCAAGCUCUCGGAGGAUGUUCUUCAGAGGAUGAGAGGAGUAGCCAACAUUGCUCCAGAAGGCAAAUCGUCAUCAACUCUAACAGACCCAAAGAAACACCAAGAUUCCUCUUCCAGUACAAGCCCUGAAUUCCAGCAGCCCAUGGCCCAGACAAGUACCCAGUCCAAUGCAAACAAACCAGAUUCUUAUAUCAAAGAAGAACAAAGGAGGUAUGAAAGACAACAGGCAAUUCUGAAGGAAGAGUUGGCCAAGAUGGCACAAAGAGAGAGUGAGAGAGCAAGAGAAGACACGAUAAAAGCAUUUGCACGGGAGAGGCAACACACACGUCAGGAGGCUGAGAAGCUUGAACAACUGGCUCAGCAGUUACAGAAGAAAGAUUCACAGCUGAGAGCGCUGGAUGCCUUCUACAAGGAGCAGCUGGCACAGCUGGAGAAGAGGAAUAUGGAGCGCUAUGAACAAAGCAAGGAGCAAUUCCAUGAAGCUGCCUCCAAGAUGGAAGCAAGUGUGAGAUCUCGUAGCACCAGCCCAGUGUGUGCUGUCCUACAGGCUCAGAUUUUAUCCUGUUACAAGGAGAACAGAGAUCAGACUCUAAGGUGUUCGGACCUGGCCAAAGAAUAUUUGCAGUGUAUCAAUGCUGCAAAGAAGAACCUGCUGGUCAAUCAUGGAUAAAGAGUUGGAAGAAAAAUGGUAAAACAGUUAUAGUAAGAUUUUUACUUUGGCAUUAAAAGUGGCACUUGUUGCAUUCUUACUUUCAUUUCUGACAGAGUUGAUUUGCUGUCAGCAUGCCUUGCUUUUUCUCAUGUUAUUUAUCCAAAGUAUUCACCAUUAUCGUUGCUGUUAUUCUGCACUGCUACAUUGUACUGGAAAGCUGUAUGGAGUAAAUAUAUUAAGUUCAACAUUUGAGUCAGAAUAUUUCCAACUGAAUAUUUUUUAAGAUCAACAGAAGGUAUUUGAAGAACUGAACUGUCAAGAUGCAUUCGGGGUCAGAAUGUAAAAUCCAGUUUAUGUCCAAACCUUGGAUUAUUUUGUAGCAAUGAAAAAGAUAAAAUGCUUCUCAGAUGCGUUGGUGCUGUCCUUGUUUUGACCUAUGACUGAGUUCUUUAGAUUUAUAUGGCUUUUUAAAACAAAGGAAUAAACUCAGGUAAUCUUGCCUUGUGAUUUAUUCUGAUUUUUAUUAAACAGUUCACAUCCCA